AGCAAACUUUAAUUUUUGGGUGAACUAUUCUUUUAAAUAUCUCAUCAAAUAUGCUCUACUGUCUUUCAUUGCUCUUACACUUUAGCACGUUUUUGUGCUGUGGAAAAAUUCCGGAUCUCUCUGGACAAAUGUUGCAGUAGUGAUACGCAGUUUAAUGUGUGUCACGGGGGAAAGGCUGCUCCCCUCUUGUGCAGCUUGAUUGGUACAGUCCAAGCCUCAGUCAAUGGUGUUUUAAAACCUCGAUGUUGCUAGAAUGUGCCUUUUAGACUGAGGGAGGGGGUUUGUGCUCACAGAGCUGUGGUUUAUUACAGCAGUACAGCAUCAUCACCAUCUGUGUGCAGCAUCCCAGACAGGUGCGAAGAGUAUAGACUAAAGCUCUAAGAUAGACGCAACGACUUAAGUAAGCUAAAUUAGAUUCAAAACUGAGACCAUGACCCAGGGAAAGGUUUCAGUAACAAGCAAGUCAAACAAUGACUCGGAUGUCCAGCCGAUGGCUUCAGUUCCUCCAAGUUAUGAGGAAGCAACUGCUGGUGGAAGCCCUUGUUAUAGUGGGGCCUAUCCUGGAGAUGGUGAGAUGCUCACAGAAUUCAGCUGGGAUGACCAAAACAUCAGGAGGAUAUUCAUCCGCAAGGUGUACACCAUCCUUAUGAUCCAGUUAUCUGUCACAAUUGCCUUUGUGGCUCUUUUCGUUUUCUGUGAACCCGUGAAAUAUUACAUACAGACCAACCCUGGCUGGUACUGGGCAUCAUAUGUAGUGUUUUUUGUCACAUAUCUGACUCUAUCCUGCUGCCGUGGACCCCGGAGGCAAUUUCCAUGGAAUCUGAUUCUGCUCAUGAUCUUUACUCUGUCUCUUUCUUACAUGACAGGAAUGUUGUCCAGCUACUACAAUACUAAAUCUGUCAUCAUAUGCCUGGGUAUUACUGCCUUGGUGUGUCUUGCUAUUACUAUCUUCAGCUUCCAAACCAAGAUUGAUAUUACUUCAUGCCAAGGUGUGCUGCUAGUCUUCUGCACAGUAUUGUUUAUUUGUGGACUUGUCCUGGCAUUCACCCUGCCCUUUGGAUAUGUUCCAUGGUUGCAUGCUGUGUACGCUGUAUUGGGAGCAAUACUGUUUUGCAUGUUCCUGGCAUUUGACACACAGAUGCUGAUGGGGAAAAAGCAAUACACCAUAAGUCCUGAGGAAUACAUCUUUGCCACUCUCAGCAUAUACCUGGACAUUGUUUACAUCUUCUCUUUCAUUCUCCAGUUGUUUGGAACUCCUGAACGGGAGUGAAUAUGCUGUUAACCUGAAGCUCUAACGGCUCUCCUGAGUGUCUUUUGUUUCUCUGAUCUGAG